GUUUAACAAAGUAUUUGUGUGGGCACAACGAAACCCUUGAAAAACCAUCACAAAUUUUCACAACUAGCGCAGACGUUUUCACCGUUACAUUCCAAAGACAAAAUAUUGCUAGACACUCAAGAGGGAACUUUAAUAUAAAGUUUAUAACCAUUUCUUCAGGAGUGUGUGUGGGAAGCGAUGUGUUUAACUGUUCCAACGGACGCUGUAUAGCAGAUAAAUACAAGUGUUCUGAUGACGUCAACGUUUGCGGAGAUGACGAUAUCCGUGAACAAGCUUGUGAUAUACUUGACGUUAUAACAGAGUUUGUAGAGAGUAUUGGGGAUUUUAUACAGAAAUACAUUUGGAUUAUCCCGGUUCUCAUCGGGCUGUGUGUAUUAAAUCAUCUUUGGAAGAAAUACAAGGACAAAUUUAGAUCGUCUGGUCGGUGUGAUUCCUGUAGGAAUUGUUUAGAUAUGGAUAUACUUGAUCGUUUUCUUACGGGGCGCCGAUCUUCAAAUUCUUCUGCUCGCAGGAAUAGUGUUCAACUCCAGACUGUCGACAACUCUCCUGGUUUACAACCGUCAUAUACAAGUGAAAAUGAGCGGGAAACAGGGGGCACUUUAGAUGAAUCUGAUGAUUCGUCUUCAUCAGAAUCUGACCUUAUUUUGAAUGAGGAUCCUGCAUCAGAUGCGCAAAUAAGUUUACAAGAACCAACUACCCCAGCAGCUCCUCCUCCUUCUUAUGACGAAGUCAUGACGUCAUCAUAUGCGAGCGCUCCAUCAUAUGAGGAAGUUAUCGAAAAUAAGGACAAAUACAAAACAGACAUGUAAAAGAGAUAUUUGGGAAAAUACAGCUAGCUCUAGAAUACUAAAUACAUUUGCUUUUUUCCCUAUUUUUACUUUAUUGUUGGUGCCAAAGUUUUUAUCCAGACAAUGUGGGCCUUUAUUUAUUUUUAUUAUCGUAUCUAAAACCGGUUAUUGCCUAUGUGUGAUAUAUUAUACAUAUAUGUGCAAAAUAUUUAUUAAAAUGUAUUUAAAAGUUAAUCAUAAAGAAAAAGAUCAGCUACAUUGUUUCUCUUCUACUAUUUGUAGACGAGAUUUCUGUCACAAAUUAUGUACAUGUAGUAUGUAAAUGGAAUGUAUAUUUGAGCAAUUUGAAUGCU